AUGGAGACCGAUCCGGAUGUUAUCAUAAGCUCCGAGAACUACGACAAGUUCGACAUUGGAGACAUCCGCCGCAGUCACAUCGAGUGGGUCCAAGACUUGAUGAGGCAGGGUCUCAUGACCCAGUCGGCCUUGUAUGAGAGGUUCACAGCAUCUUUAUCCAAAACACUCGUCAGAUUUGUAUCCAUCAUCCAAAGCAAGACACCACAGCCAGGACAGGAAAUAGCAGCGUCUGUCGGAUUGUCGGCCAUGUUCGACAUCCUGACAUGGCAUGCCGCCUUCCCCUUUGCCCCGACACGAAAUAGUAUGGACGAGAAUGGUUUUCUCCGGGCAAUCUGCCUUCUGACAUGGAACCCGCCGCCACAUUAUGCUCCCACAUUCUCGUCUCGACCGGUUCACGGGCUAUACACGGGAAAUUGGGGCCCUCACAGUGGCUGGCUUGUUGCGACCCGCGGAAAAGGGCCCCAGGACUUUAGACGACGUCUGUUCCGGAGCUUAGCUGAACCCGGCGCAGAGCGCCAUGGUCAGGAGCCGGCUGGAACCGUCAGCACGGCACCAAUCACGAUUCCUGUCCCGCGCUUCGUGCGCUAUCAGCCUCGCGAACUUGAUUCGGGCGAAACAGACGAGAACGAUUUGCUGGAAGUUGCCGUAGUGGCACACGAGGAUGAGCGGUCCGUCGACCUGCUCGAUGUUCUCUCCGAAAACCCUGCCGAGGACAUUCCCAUGACGUGCAACCCGCUUCGGGAGUGCUACGAGCCCGUCCUGGCCACACUUCCACGCCAGCCGCACCAGCUUACUGAGCUGCGUAUCCCCACUGCCAAGCUUGUCUCUUUCCUCAGGCUCCUCCACGCUUCGGAGCGCCAACGAAGACAGCGGGAUGGCGGGGAUGCGGCCGGGUCUCACCUGAUGGCCCUGGCUCAGGGGCUGGGCGACAGGCCGCCGUAUAUCAGUUGGCAUAGGUUUGACGCCGUGAUAGCGCCGCAUACUGAACGAAUUGGACGCAUUCUGUCAGACGUCUUUUCCACGUUCAAGGCCCCCCUGAGGCCAUCUGAUGAGUAA